CGACAAUGUGCAUUUUCGCGCCAAAAGUGAAAAGGUUUGUGAGAUCUGAUUUCAUAAACCAAAUUAGUGAAAAGGGCAGGCACACAACAGUCAUUCCUUUGUUGUGAGAAAUCAUCUAUUUUUGAUUGAGGUAAAUGUUUUGAUAUCAUUAAAACGUAUAUUCAAUACCCAAAGAUAUUUAUUUCAAAAAUAAACAUCGAUGUUACCAACGUAACAAACUCAACUAAUCGGGAAUUGUCAAUUUCGUAAGUCGCGUUUAGAAUCGUGAAAUUCAACAUAUUAAACCAAUUAUAUUUUGGUUUGAAAUUCAUUUUUAUUAAAGAUGACUGUGAUUGACGGGCUGUCCAAUGAAUAAUAAUUCUUAGCUUAGAAGUGUAAAUGUGACUUUUUAGCUUUUAUGUUUUGAGUUAACAGCUGCGGUGGAACAGUGACGCCGUGUAAAAAAUGGUUACGUCUAACAUAAUUUCCGAUAAAAAAGUUGUUAAAAUGGAUAAUAGUAACGUUGCCGUUGUACCGCAAAGAACAUUAUUGGGUGAAGUUAACGAACAUAUAACGUGCCCAUUAUGUCGAGGGUACUACAUAGAUGCGACCACAAUAGUGGAAUGCUUGCAUUCCUUUUGUCGUAGUUGUAUUAUUAAACACCUUAAAGCAAAGAGCUACUGUCCUGUAUGUGAAAUGAUGAUAAAUUCGGCAAAACCCAAUAUCAAACUUGACAAAGCACUGCAGGACAUAGUCUACAAACUUGUGCCUGGGCUCUUCCAAAAAGAAAUGGAAAGGCGGCAACAUUUUUAUGCCUCGAGGCCUGGACAAGCCGCAACAGCUACACCAGAACAGAGAGGUGAAGACACAGAAAGAAUAAUUUUCAGUCCUGAAGAUGUCAUUUCAUUUUCGUUAGAAUAUGCUGAUGUCACAGAUACUGAUAGCAUAUCCAGUAAAUCUUCAGAUAGUAAUGAGCCUCCACCAAACUCAGCAUCUACUAGAAGAUAUUUACAAUGCCCAGCUGUUGUGAAUAUAAGUCACCUAAAAAAGUUCUUAAGUAAAAAGUUUGAUGUUGACAGUUCACAGUUUGCUAUUGAUAUCUUAUACAAGAAAGUACCUUUACCUGACUACUAUACUUUAAUGGAUAUUGCUUAUAUUUAUAAUUGGAAAAGGAAUGAGCCUAUGAGAUUUUUUUACCAGAUAAUCGAUUAUGUAGCAAUAAGGAACAGAAUUUUUGAUAUAAACAGAAAACGAUCACACUUUCAUGAUCAAAAAUUGAGUCCUGUUUCAACAGAAGAUACAAGCACUAGCAGUCCGGCACCUAAUUUGCAUGAUCAUGCUUCGGAAGCUUCUUCUGGACCUAGUAGUCCCGUUCCUGAUGAUAAUAAUAGAAAUACUCCUGAAGUUUUGACCAAUGAUAAGAUGAAUGUACAAAAUGACGAAAGUUGUAAUGAUAAGAAUGAUUAUUCCUCAACAAACAAGCUAGAUGAAGAUGUAGAGAAAUCUCAGUUUCUGAAUUCAUUUGAGCUCACUGCUAAAAGUAGCUGUAUACCAGUAAAAUCCCCACAGAAAUUCAACACAGAAAAACUAUCUCUUGCGAAGGAAGUGGUUACUAAAAGCAUAACAAGCAAAGUGAAAGCUGAAGACCCAACACCUGAUAAUUUAAAAAGAAAAAAUCACACAUCACCUCCUACACCUGAAUUAAAGAAAUUAAAAGUGGAAAUAUCAAAUUGUUUGCCUAGUUUCAGUGUUCAACCAUCAAGCUCUAGUAUUAGCACCAAAACAGAAGAAAAUCAAAGAAAACACGAAACUGUUGAUUGUAACAAAAAUAAUCAAUCUGCUAUAAAAAAUAAUGCACCAAGUGCUACUCCAACUACCAGAGAUUUGAAGCAACCACAGACAGUAAAGCAACAAGUUGGUACUAGUAAACAAACCUUGGAUAAUUCAGGUGUUAAAAGAACAGUUGUAGGACCACAAAAUAUUUUAUCUCCCAAACGUAAACCUCCAAAUGAAUCCACAGCAGAGCAAGCAAUGCCGCAACAACAACAGCAACAGAAGACUCUAUCUCCUUUAAAGUUACAAAUACCAAAAUUAGAUGCAGUUUCCAAAACAAGUGAAGCUCCAAAACCCCCAUUAAAAAAGAUACCAGAUCUCAAACCGAGCAUGCCAAUGUUGCAAUCAGCUCACAGUAAAAGUCCAGCUAUGAAUAAAGUCAGAAUGGAUCUAUUGGCUAAUAAUAGUGACCCUACUAUUGAUAGAAGCAAAAUAUUAUCACAAGUAAAAUCAUCCAUGGGUGUACAAAGCCCAGCCCAAAAUUCAGGCGACCCAUUGAAAUCUCUGUUUGACUCGUGCAAAAUAAAUAUACCAUCUUCCCUUUCCAUUACUUUAACAGAUCAAAAAUCAGACAAUCGCUGUCCUGUAGAUACAUUAGAUCCUAAAAAAAAUUUUACUAAUAAAAACUUAGCUGCUGCUAGUAGUAGCAGUAUUUCUGCCCAUAAAGUGCCCAGCCCUCCAGUACACAAUUAUAUAGAAAUUUUAAAAUUACCUGAAUCAGAUUCUAAUUUGAAAAAAAUUGCAAAAAACGAAGCUGAUUCUAAAACAAAUUCUCAAUGUAAACCUGAAAUAAGUCAAACAAAACCUACAACCAAAGGGUCAGAGACUUCCACUAAAGGCCCUGUUCCUAAUUUAAAACCUAUUGCUGACACAAAACUUGCUAAACAGGCUGGAAAUUUUUCAACACCCAUCACAUUUCAACAAACUUUUGAACAGCAAUUACAGAGCUUACAAUGUGACAAAAAAGGGAAACCAAAAAAUAAGGCACAGGUGCCUAAGUUGGUGCCGGCUACCCCAAAAUCCCUUAGUGCUGUCACUAAACCUAUCAUACCAGUAAACAAACCUACAAAUAGUUCUAGUACUGAAACUAAAACCGGCACUGCUUUAGAUUUAACAACCCCUCACAACAUUCAAAGUCAAUUAGCUGUUCAGCAAACAUUUGAUAAAGCUUUGGAAACUAUGCAUUCUAUAGCAAAUUUGGCAAAGAAGCAGAAUUUGCCAUCAAAAGGGAUCCCAAUGUCUUUGACACAUAGCAAUAUUUUUCCAGGCAUCACAAGCAGACCUUUAACUGCUGGAAUUAAUUCAGUACGUUUAUCAUCCCCAAAUACUAUAAAUCAAGUAAAACUUGAUAAACCAAACCCAAAUGUGCCAACAGUGACUGGUAAUAAUAGACAAGAAAGUUCUAUAAAAAGCAGCCAAGUAAAACAAUUAGGCAAUAUGAAUUUGACAUUGCAGUCUCCCGCUUAUCAAAUACCAUCAGCCCACCCACCUAGCAAUGCACAACCUUCACCAAGGUCUCAGACACGUUCUCCCAGUUCAUCUCCUAAAUUGGUCAUUGCUGAAGAAAAACAAACAAGUACUACUGUAAUGGAACACAAUGUUAGCCAGUUGAAUCAAGUAACUAGUACACAUAUUACUAACUUUGGUACUCCAAAGGGAGAAUUAUCUAAAACUUUACCAGGUCCAUCAAAACCAAGUCUUAAGCAAGUAAAAAACCUCAAUACAAAUAAAGUUAGUGGUGUAUGGCCAUCUUUGACUUCAACACUUAAAACCACUGCAUCAUCAUCUAUGAGUAGUAAUUUAUCGCAGCAUAUUGCUAAACACAUGGAAGUCAAUGCUUGGAUCAAAGCUCAAAGGCAGUAUGAAUUUAUGAAGAAUAUGGGACAUCAGAAUCAAAAUGAAUAUCACAAAGAUAAGCAAGAUAAAAGUUAUUGUGAUAAGAUGUCUGUUCAGGCCACGAUUCCAUUUAAACAUCGUAAAAGAACUUGUUUUAACAAUGACGAGAAUAAUGAUUUAUCUAAUAUAAAUUAUGUUCCUAAGGAAAGAACCUUAAAAAGAAGUUUAAGAGAUAGGAAAAUUAAAAUCGAUGAUGAUGACAGUUCUAAAGUAAAAAAAAGUAAAAGUUCUAAAAAUACCACUGAUGAUAGAGCAGCAGAAGUAUGUUCAUCUUUGAAUGAUGAAUCCCCAAAAAUAUUGAAGCCUUUAACAAGUAGAGAAAUGGAAAUCGAACGGCUCGAAAAUUUUCUAAAUGAGCAUUUGGAAAAUGAAGAAUCAGCAUCAAUUUACGUAUCGGGUCAACCGGGAACUGGGAAAACAGCAAGUCUGUCCUAUAUUUUGCAGCAACCAAAAAUCAAAGAGGGCUUUAAGCAGGUAUACAUAAAUUGUACUAUGAUGAAAUCAGCAGCCAGUAUUUAUAGCAGAGUGUGUAAAGAGUUGGGCUUGAAAAUGACAGCUACCACUGAAAAGGCAUGUGUUAAAGCAAUAGAAAAGUAUCUACAAAAAACACAUAAAAUGAUCUUGUUAGUAUUAGACGAGUUGGACCAAUUAGACAGUAAAAGACAGUCAGUGUUGUACAGUAUAUUCGAAUGGCCAGUCCUACCAAACUCACGAAUAGUUUUGAUUGGGGUGGCGAAUGCUUUGGAUCUAACUGAAAGAACGCUACCGAGGCUGCAAGCGAGGUGUUCCCUAAAGCCACACACUUUACACUUCGCACCAUAUACCAAAGAACAGAUCAUAAAAAUAUUCGUCGCCGUGUUGGCGAAUGACGACAAGGCUAAUGUUUUUUCGCCUGUUGCACUCCAAAUGUUAGCAGCGAAGAUAGCCGCUGUAUCUGGUGACAUGAGAAGAGCAUUAGAUAUAGGACGGAGAGUAAUUGAGGUCGCAAAUCGAAACAGAUUUGCAGAAAACAAAUCUGUCGAUAGUUUAUUGAGGGAUUCGUCAGUGACCGUGGAACUGAAGGAAGUUCUGCAAGUUCUGAAUAACGUGUACGGUGGUUCAACGAAUAUAGGAUCAGAAGUCGACGAAGGGCUCCCGAUGCAACAGAAACUGAUAUUAUGCAGCUUAAUAUUGAUGUUGAAUAAGGGAAAGAACACCGAUAUUCUGAUGGGAAAGUUACAUGAGGUUUACAAAAAGGUGGCGGCGUCAAGGAACAUAGCGGCGCUGGGGCUGAGCGAGCUGUGCGGCGCGUGCUCGCUGCUGGAGGCGCGCGGCGCGGUGCGGGUGUGCGCGGGCGCGGGGCGGGCGCGGCGCUUGCGGCUGCACUGGGACCUGCCCGAGCUGCAGGCCGCGCUCGCAGACAAGCCGCUCCUCGCAGAAAUACUUCGGCACGCCGCCUAAUCAUUGCCAAGGCAUAUACUCGGCCCACCGAAAUAUUCCAUCACCCUUUGCUGUGAAGCAUUCGUGCGUUCCGAUUUUAAGAGUAGAAUAGCCUCAUUACUGCUGGUAGGACCUCUUGUGAGUUCGCACGGGUAGGUACCACCGCCCUGUCUAUUUCUGCCGUGAAGCAGUAAUGCGUUUCGGUUUGAAGGGUGGGGCAGCCGUUGUAACUAUACUUGAUACCUUAGAACUUAUAUCUCAAGGUAGGUGGCGCAUUUACGUUGUAGAUGUCAUAUGGUCUCCAGUAACCACUUAACACCAGGUGGGCUGUGAGCUCGUCCACCCAUCUAAGCAAUAAAAAAUAAAAAUUUCAUCCUCAUGUUUCAAGGUGGAAUGUCAUUGUAAUUUCUAAGUUCGGUAACCAAAUAGCUCCGGGUAGACUAAGUGAGGCUGCUUUUAAAAAAAAAACCCUCCUUACCGAAAAAGUUUCUCGAAUACGAGUGGCGAUAUUUUUGUAUGCCAUCAUUUCAUGCAAGAGCGCUUCCUAUUAUUACCAUAAUCGCUUUCAACUGUUCACACAAUAGUAAAAUCUCGCAUUAAAUCGGGCGAUAAUCAAGAAGACAUUAAAAAGGACAUUCACCUUUGAGUGUCGAAACCGUUACGUUUGUAUAAUCUAGACAUUAUUUGCUGAUUCUCUUUGGAUUCAAAAAACGUUUCUCGCGUGAUACAGUACUGGAUCUCCAUCGAUAUUCUUGUCUACAUCACAGUAUUGUUUGGUAAAAUGAGGAAGGCAGCUGGCAUAACGAAUUUGUCAAGUUUAGUAUAUUGUUAGUCAUUAAUCGGACAGACGAUCUUUAUAAUAAAAUUAGACAAAAAGCAAGGCCUGUAAUAGUUAAAUGGCAUAUAAUUGGGCGAGAAGAGAAAAACGUUCUUUAUUUGUAUGCUGCUAAAACAAUUUGUGUCAAUCGGAGUAAUAAUACAAGGUGCGUUCUAUUCACACACCAUUGUACGUUGCGCAACGAGGCCUGAGCCACGCGAUGCGCUCGAUGAGUGAAUGUCUCGGUUUCGUAUGUAUCUAGAGAUUGCGCAGCGCAGAAAUCUCUUAAAUGCGGUAUUAAAAUGCACACGUACAUACUAGUGAACGUUACGUGGUUACGACACUAUGAGAACUGUCGUGCGAAAACAGAUUCGUACGUUUCUCUAAAAUUUGCACACCUAUUAUGACGCUCUGUCGUUAACCAUCUCGUGGAACUGCGUGUAUGUAACUUGUUAUUAAAUACAAAAAUGUGUGUAGUCUUAGGUUUAGUGGAUAAUUAAUUUUAAGAAUUUUUAACCAUUGACUGAAUUAUUAAAUUUCAUAAUAAAUUGUUUUGUUACUCAUUUGAUUUGCCUAAAUAGAGUUCAGUGAUUGAGAAAAUGUUUUAAUGUUAUGUUAAGAAUAAGUAUGUAUUUGGGAUGUGCUCAAAGUACAUUUAAUUUUGUACAUUAUAUUGUCCUUUACUCUAAGCCAGUCUAAGCUAAAACUGUUUUGUUAAAAUUUAUAAAACAUAAGCGAUGAAGAAUAAUGUUACUGCAAUUCAAUAAUCAUGUAAAAUGUAAUUGAUUUGGUGUUGAAAUGUAUAUUUAAUGUGGCUGUUAAUUAAUAAUCAAGUUUUUCUUUAAACAGUUUUAAACUUAUUUUAAGUUUAGCCUAAGGAUUAAGGAAUUCAAAGGAUUUUUAUUUAAAGACAUAUUUUUAUAUUCACGACAAAAAGUUUUACUCUCUGUACACAAUCCUUUAUUUUUUUACGAUUGUUUGUUUGUAACCUAACUUUUGUUUCUUUGUGAUUAUGGAAGUAUUGAGCUGACGUAAUAAAAUUAUACCUUUAUUACCUAAUUUUAUAGAUUUGUUUUGUUUAGUUUUUUUUUUUUAAUUAAUAAAUGACAAGAAAUGAAAUAAAACAUUGAAAAACG